GGAACAACCCUUUAAAAGAACCAGAGUUGGUUGCAUUAAACACUCAUUCGUGGAGCAGCACCUUAAACAGUGCAACAUGGCUGGACAUACUGUGAGCUCUUUCGGGUUUUUAUGCAUCUCAUGUCUGAUUGGAGGGGUCAUUUCACUACCACUGAAAGCAUGGAGUGACUACAGCAGUCCUGGCUCUGCUUAUCCAAAAGCUGGUGAUGGAGGUAUGGUGUUUCCUUAUGGCAGAGCAAUGCAAGAGUACUACGGACAAGAGCCUUCAGCUUGGUCCAAGCAGAACAGUGACGCCAAGGCUGAUGGAGGGGUCUACUCAAAUGAAGGCUCGGAUAUGGAUGCUGGAGACUCUGUCUGGGCCAAGAACGGCGGUAUGGACUCUGGUAGUGACGGUUACUACCCUGUUCCUGAAGGCUACUCUAAGGAGCUAGUCCCCUCCAUGGAGGAGGAGACCCCAGAGGAGGAGGAGCCCGUGUUGAGCGACGUCUCUGACCUGGAUCCGGUCUACCACUUCAGUUCCAGGUCCCGCUACCAGCAAGGCAGACAGGCCUUCUUCCUAACCAGAUACAACCCCGGAGAGCCUACGGUCGGCUCUGCUGACAUGGCAGACUCCAAAAGUAAUGGAAUGGGAAAUGGUAAAGGAUGGCCAGUUGUUGCACAAGAGCCUGGGAAAGGUGGCUACUGAUCAACUGCAAUGUCUUAAUUUUUAAUGGCUGUAUAUGAAUAAAUGUUUGCCUUUGAAACCUAUUUACUCUGCUUUGAUGCAGUGUUUGCUAAGUUUGAAGAUGUCCAUAAAGCACUUUUGUGUCUCUUCAACAAACUGUUAUCCUGGAUCCAUUAAACUUCGCUAUUUCACGUGUCUCUGACAAAAUAUAAGGCCAACAGGGUGCCUUCAAAAAUGGAAGUGAAAUGCAGAGUAGUUGGAAGGCCACCAACAUUACAUGUCAAACAAAUUGCAGAGGACACUUCUCUUAAACUAGACUAAUUGGGUGUCGUCAGCGCUCUCACAGACAUACAUUUGCAGUUAAUGCUUGCCAAUACUGCGUUCCGGCUAUGGUAUGAUUCGAAAAUGGCGUUUGGAUUAGGAUUUGGGACCAUAUUUGACGAUGUGACCAUUUAACAGACCGUCAUUGGCCAGGAUUCUCUGGUAAGAGGUUUUUAUUCUCAAUGAGACUUCUGGUUAAAUUUAAAAUGGCUUAAGAUAAAUAACUGGCUGCGUGCUAAAGACAUGGAACAAAUGUUUAAUCGGUAUCAAGCAAUGGACAAAAUGUAUAUUUCAAUCCCUGCUGAAAAAGUUCAGGGCUAUGUCCAAUGUUCCCAGUAUACCUGUAGGCAUCCUUGAAUGUACCUUACUCCUGUUCAUAAAUAGCAUGUACCUAAUAAAUGUGUGAGUGCUAAAUGUGCUAACAUUGAUUGCUAAUAGUCAAUGUGGCUG